CCCGGUUCUUGUUACAGUCACAGGUUCUGGUUCAACCAAUGAGUGGGGACUGGGAGGAAACAUUGCUCGACACUUUUCUCUCUACAUCGUUUCCUCUUGUUUCUGACCGCCUUGUAUACGUGAACACCAUGGAGUCGGAGCUGUGAAAGUGUAUGUCAUUCCCCAAACAGUUCCGCAGCUAGAAAAACCAGACCGACCACUAGCCACCUUUCUUCGGGUCCUUCUUCCGCGGUUACUGUCCCGGUGUUUGUGUCUGCAGAGAUGUCCGAGAACGGUGGCUCGGCUGUCGGCCUUCUGUCUUACGAGACGCUGGUUCAUGCUGUGGCAGGUGCAAUGGGGAGUGUGACAGCCAUGACCGUCUUCUUUCCUUUGGACACAGCCAAAAGCAGACUGCAGGUGGAUGAGCAGAGAAAGUCUAACUCUACCCCUGUCAUCCUGGCUGAGAUAGCAAAGGAAGAAGGCCUUCAGGCUCUAUACAGAGGCUGGUUACCAGUCAUCUCCAGCCUCUGCUGCUCCAACUUUGUCUACUUCUACACCUUCAAUACGCUGAAGAAGCUGGCGGCAUCUGGUCCAGAAAAGUCCACACCCAGCAAAGACCUGCUCAUGGGGGUUGUAUCAGGGGUGGUGAAUGUGAUUCUGACCACUCCCAUGUGGGUUGUCAACACUCGACUGAAGCUGCAGGGAGCAAAGUUCAGGAACGAAGACCUCCAGCAGACCCAGUACAGGGGCAUCUUUGAUGCUUUCUCACAGAUCAUAGCCAAUGAGGGUGUGGGAACUCUGUGGAACGGCACUCUGCCCUCUCUCAUUCUCGUCCUCAACCCGGCUGUACAGUUCAUGAUUUAUGAGGCCAUGAAGAGGAAGGCAGGCAGGGGAGGGAAGAAGAUAUCCUCAGCAGAGAUCUUUCUCAUUGGAGCCAUUGCCAAGGCCAUUGCUACCACUGCGACAUAUCCUCUUCAGACAGUUCAGGCCAUCCUGAGGUUCGGCCAGUACAAAGGUGAUGGUAAGGGCGGAGUGUUUGGAAGCCUCUCAAACAUUUUCUCUCUGCUAAUGGACAGAAUCAAGAGGUAUGGUGUUCUUGGUUUGUACAAAGGCCUUGAGGCCAAGCUGCUACAGACAGUACUGACGGCUGCCCUCAUGUUUGUUGUGUACGAGAAGAUCACUGCUGCUACCUUCAAAGUCAUGGGCCUGAACAGGAAACUAAAGCAGUGAACAAACACCUACUUGAAUACAGUACUGCAUUAGUACACUCAUCAUCGGUAGGUUUUAUCUAUGCCUACUUACGAUGCUGUAUGUUGAUGCUAGGAAUUGUUUCACUCGCAUUAACGUUUUAAUAAGAGAUGGGAUUGGUGCCUUCUUUUUAGGGCCACAGAUUCCCACACUCGCCCAAAACAUACACCAUAACCAGAGCUGGGUGCAAUACCUAUAAUUCCCUCUUUUUCUUAACCUUAACUGGUUCCAUUUGUGCAGACUGGCCUUGAUUUUCUCCACUAGUGAAUCUCUGUUGAGAUGGUUAUAAGUGAUCUUACCAGCUGACAUUUUAAAGCUAGUCUGUAAAAUACCACAGUAUUUCGUAAAGGAAAAGACAUCAUAUGACAUUUUGGGAAAUGAGCUUAUUCGCUUUCUUGACGACAGUAAGACGAGAAGAUGGUAUCAGAAUCUCUGCUAGAAAGCGAAUGCGCUUAUUUCCCAAAAUGUCGAACUUUUCCUUUUAACAUUAGGGGCUUUCUGCAAAUGAUGAUACCAAUAAGGUGAGCUAUGUACUUAGGUAUUGCCUCGAUCCAAGCCAGUGGACCAUUCAUCACAAACUCUGUCUUAUCUUUUAACUGUGAAUUUAACUGAGUUUGAUAGAAACCUCAUGAAAUUACCGUCAGAUGAAUGUUUUUUUUAAUGCGCUGACUUAAGAUGUCAUUAUUACACACAAAUUGGCAGUAAUACAUUAACAAUGAAACAGAGAAGAGCUUCUAUUUAUAUCUAUAGACUUAUCUGCACUUACAUGUCCAGCUCCAACAAAAGGUUUUGAUUUUAAUAAUUAUAGUAGAUUAAGUAAAAAUGAAUUUAGGGAAUAAGUACUUAACAAUACACAGUUUGAGAGUGUACAAAUAUUUCAGUAGGUGUUACGUGCCUCUAAAUGAUAUCUGAAAAACUGCACUAUGAAGUGAUAUAAAUGCUGUGAUGACUGUUGGUGAUUUACACAAACUCAUAAUGCACUGUUUACUGUCAUGAUUGUAUUGGUCAGUAUGAACAUUUAGUCAUGCAGGUGUCUUCCAUUAUUUAUUUCAUUAUAUUGUUAGUGUUUGGUUUUCAGGUUUUGCAGUACAUUUUUUUUUUUUUUUUAUCACAGCACUCUUUCUCCGAUUUGGUGAAUGUGAAGUUUCUGCUGCCUUUCACCUUUAAAACCAUUUUCAAAGUUUAUUCACUCAUUUUGUUGCUGCCAAAGUGGUUGUUUAAUCUGUUAAUGUGAGUUGUAAUCAUUACAAGAGGUGCUGCUCUCAAUAUUACUUUGUAACAUCACAUUUAGGAGAGAACAUUAUUUUGACUGUUCAUUGUAAUCAGUGCCAGUGGUGAAGCCUAGUUGCAAGUAGUAAGGAUCCUGUCAAUUGACCAAAAAAGAAAAAUAGAAAUGACAUUUACCAGAUUUGAGUAAGUAUUAUGUUUUCAAUUGUUUUGCUUUCUCACACACCCUGAUGUUCUCAGAUACACCACAUGAGUUAUGAUGAGUAAUUCUUGUUGAAUUCACAAUAUCAAAUAAAUGUAUAUUUCGAGUAAGGGAAUUAAAAUGUAGCUUUCACACAAAGGUGGUGA